UUACUCGAUCUUAACACCCCUAUUUCUUUUGACGAGUUGUGAUUCCAUGUCCUUUAAUAUGGGUUUUGAGUGAUUAGCGCAAUAAAAUAAUUCUAAGAUUAUAUAUAAAACCCAUCUGUUCCAUCUGCUGCAAUUGUAAUGGAAGAACGGCCAAUAUGCCGGGUCUGCAUGCAAAGCUUUAUGCUGUUAAACUGGAAUAAUCUUCUGUUUCCUAUGAGUGAUAGUAAGAUAUCUUACAAGGACUGUUAUUACAAAUAUACCCAGAUCGAGGUGAAAGAUACAUUGCCCCAAUUCUUGUGUAAGCAAUGCUCCACUGAUUUGAAAAAUGUCCACCUCUUCAUUGAAAAAGCUCUUGAGGCAGAACAAAGUUUUCAACAAUGCAUUCAACAGUUUGAAAAUGAACACGUACCGAUUGGGAAUGAAGAGUUAAAAAUCAAACAUUCUUUUAUAAAGGGACAGAUUCAGGAAAAUAUUGGUGACGAAAAGUUGAAAAACGGAUCUCGUGAAGAAAUUAAGGCCGAUCAAGCCGAUAAUAUAACCGAGUUUGAGUUGAUAGAGGAAGAAGUUGAAUAUAUUGAAGAUACACAAUAUCUUGGUAAUGACGAACAAGAAGAAUACAGGGACGUAAUAAUUGAAGAUAACACUGGCGAAGAUGCAGAAAAUGAAACAGAUAUUGAAGAAGAUCUUGUUGAAUGUUAUAAGGAUCCCAUUGGAGAAGAGGGGCCUGCUGGCAAUAAUAAUGAGCCUAAAACCCAGUUAGAUCAAGCGAAUGGAGAUAAUGAUAAAGUAACUGAAGGAAGAAAGAGAAUACCCACUCCCGCCAUGUGCUCUUACUGCUCGAAAAUUAUCCAUGAUGUCUACUAUUUAAAAAGACAUGAGCAGACACACAAAGAAUUUAGAGAACGAAAAGUUGAAUGUCCAAAAUGUGGCUUUAAAACCUAUAACAAACAAACGCUACAAAAGCACAUGGUGUGUCACGAUGAAAACCGUGAAAAGAAAUACAAAUGUGAAUUUUGUGAUAAGUCGUUCUUCCGACGAGGUGCGUGCAAUGUACAUCGUAGAUUACAUUUGGGACAGACUGUAAAAUGUUCAAUAUGCUCCAAAGAAUUUCCACGACAAGUCGAUCUUGACGUCCAUAUGAAAUGUCAUUCCAACACACCAAUAUAUUUGAAGCCCCAAAGUAAAUUUAUUGUUCAUUGCAAGUAUUGCGAUAAAGACAUCAAUAGCCGAAAGUAUUAUGAACAUCGAGCUAAGCAUUUGAACCAACCUCUGAUACGUUGUACCCUCUGCGAAAAGGAUUUCUUCAGUCGAAAGUCGUGCUCACAGCACAUGACCAGAAUGCACAAGCGGAAAGGCAAUUAUGAUGACAUAGCCAUGUACUAUGAAAAGAAUCGUAUGCGUUUGUCACACCAAUUUAUACUACAGCAGGAGAAAGUAAUAACCAAGACGGAAUAGAGGAAAAUAUGAAUACAAAAAAGAACGUUAUUUUAAAAAUUCAAGAUUCGGAGUACAGGGAUGGAAUGCAGCAUCCGCAAAUAAACUGUUUUAAUGAGGCAAACUUAGUUUCCAUUACAUGUGAGGACGACGGGCUGUCACUUCAAAUAAAGUUUUUUUGUUUGUUUUU